AUGGCACUCGAUGACGCAGGCAUGCACCGAGCGGGUCUCGGUUUUGUUUAUAGGAUUACUCCUGUUUUAGUCGUUACAAUUCUAUACGGUAUUUACAUCGCUCUUCUUUGCUUCGCAACCCGAGGUCUUUGGCUACGAGGUCUCAAGAACCGGGCUAACCUUCUUAUCCUCUUGAUCCUUUACGUCCUUUUCUUCAUCACAAGCGCUCUAUGGGCAUUAGAAGUUGCACAACUAGUCGGUCUAGUGGAACUGUUCCUUGAUCCAAAAGAUCUGUCCACCGAUGGUCAAUUCAACGUUUUUUACGCUCUCGUCGCCAAAGAAACCAAGAUUACCAGCGUACUCUUCGAGUGUCAGAUGAUUGUCGGUGACAUUUUGGUGAUAUGGCGUCUUUCUGCGAUAUGGUUCAACAGGCGGAUACUGGUUUCAAUACCUGUCUUUUGGUGGGUUCUAAUGAUAAUCAACAUGAUUGUCUGUGCGGCCCAUUGUGGGUCUGGCGUAUCGAGCACAAACUACUCUCGACUAUGCAAAGUGACACAAACCCUCGCACCUGUCUUGUCGAUCGUCAUGAACAUAUCUGUGAUGGUGCUUACUGUCUGGAAGGCCUGGCUGAUGCGGGACGCCUUUGUCCUCGCGCUGAGCGCUAAGAAAAAGAACAAACUGUUUAGCGUUUUCGUUCUUUUGAUCGAAUCGGGAACGUUAUACGUUAUCAUGUUGAUCGCCGAUCUUCUGGUAACAUCCUUAGUCGUCGGCGGCCCUGAGAGCGUUGGACGGAUGAUAAUCUGCAUUUCAGGUUAUUCCACUGUCCAAUUUGUGGCGAUUUACCCAACGCUCAUGAUCGUAAUCCUACGUGAAUCCAUCUGGAACUCUGAAAACGAAGAUCUCGAUCAAGUGAUGUCUGUCAGUGAGGCGCAAUUCUGCGGGAGAUUGGGAAGCUUGGAAUCCGGAUCGGGUGGGAUACGAGUCUCCGUCAAGCCCGUUAAUCGUGACGGGAAAACUGUGCGAAGUCUCCCUCCAAUGGAGUUCGCGGCUCGGAAGACUUCCCAAGCGACAAGUGAAAUGUCAGGAUUUUGUGAGGAGGACAGGAAGGCUAGAUUGACAAAAUAA